ACCAACUACUGUACAACAACAAAGACACCUGAGCUGCCGUGUGAGCAACAACCUGAAGACUGAAGGUCCUUGUUCGCUUACAUAAUUGAAAGGGCUCUCCGGUCGUCGGAAAUAUUUUCUCAUAUUCUAUUUGAAAUUUUUGUGAUCUAAGCUUGUGUUCUCAAAAAGUGUUUCGCGAAGGACUGUCGAUCAAACUUUGGGCCCGUUUCAAAGCCAAUUUCUAUUGAAACAUAGAAAAAAGUUCGCCGUCGGUGAUAAGUGGUAGAUGAGAAGAUAGUGAAUGUGAAGGUCAAUAAGAGAAGUGAUGGAGGUUUUUUGACAGUAAUACUUCUUUCGGCAGGUUCCGGUUGCAGCUAAAAUUUAGGCAGUAAUUAAUUCGAUAUUGACAGACAAGAUUGGCCGCAUAUAUAGCACGCGUUUAAAUGUCAGGCUUGACCUUCCGAGAAUACCUGAGGCGCAGAGAGCUAGGACUGAAACAGCCAAUCGGUGUCCAGGACUUACUCAGAACGAAGCUUUUCUACAACAUUCAACCAGUUGACGCCUUCACUGCUUCCGCUGCCACUGGCCCUUCGCAUGGCGCUGUUUUCAACCUCCAAUUCUCGCCCGACGGAAAAAAGCUUGUGUCAGCUUGCGAAAAGAAGUCUGUCCUGGUGUUUGACUGCGUGAGCAGAAAGCAAGUGCUGGCCUUGCGGGAGGCUCACACAGACUGUGUCAACGCGAUCACUUUCCUCGACGAUCAACGCUUUUUUAGCUGCAGCGAUGACACCACGGUCGCGUUGUGGGACUUGAGAUCCUCUCGCGAACCGUUGUGCCGGCUCAGAGGUCACACAAGCUGGGUCAAGAAUGUUGAGGUUAUCCCGUCCCAAGGAGUCGUCCUCUCUUCAGGCUUUGACUGGAAGCUCAUUUGCUGGGAUAUAAAUAAAAUUUCAGGAGACGACUGUGUUAACACGACCUUGCUCAAAACAAACGACUUAAUGCGGACAAAAUUGUCUCCUGAUGGCAGCAAGUUGGUAGUCAGCACCUCAUCUGGAUAUAUAAUGGUUGUGCAUGAUCUAAACUUAGAUAAUUUCCAAGAGGAUCUCAAACUUUUUAAACCUAGCCUGUACAGACUGAUGCAAGAAACGCUGACUAUAAUCCCUGAGGCAGCAAAAUAUACAUCAAGAUUCAAGAAAAGCUGCAAAAACAACAGGCUUGAACUUAUUUCUGACUUUCCCAGUGGUGACGAAUCCACCGCGAUUUCUUCCCUGGAAAUCCAUCCUAACAGCUGGUGCGCACUCAGUAGGAACACUAGUGCACAGCACGACUCUGAGUGGACUUGUUUGCAUGACAUUCAAGAAUUGCCACGCAAAAACCACCUAGAUGAGGACGAGGACAUAGAAAUAGACAGGAGUAGCACCAAUUCAUUUACGAGAGAGAGGAUCGAAUACGCACUCUCGUCAGAGGAGGAUGUUAAUUUAGGUAAGACACUUAUGCGCGUCCAUUCCGCUUCAUUACUUAAAUCAAUUUCUUUGGAUCUAGAUGACUUAAAUGAAAUCCCGCGGAUCCAUAAAAACAAGCGACGGCUGCUGUACUUCAGUGAAGAAUCAAACGUGGGGCAAGGCUUCAUCAAGGAACAGGCAUUCAGUCCAGACGGACGGCUGGUGAGCUCGCCUUUUGGCUUUGGAGUGAGAUUACUGGCAUUCAGCCCUGACUGUGAAGACCCGUGGACUAAACAAGGUUCGCCACUCGCGCCCACUGGUUCUAAAUGCUUGUAUGAAGUGCGAACCAACAUUUGUCACGGUAAUGUGGUCGCUUGCACUAAAUUUAGCCCGGUCGAGCCUGUUCUCGUGUCGGGCUGCAUUCAGGGCAAGAUCGCGUGGCAUCAAAUGCGAUUGUAGCAAAAACUCAGUUUUUUGACGUCUUCGGCUGUUUUCUAAACUAUGAUUCGAAUUUAGACAAUGUCAAUAGAAGAAAUUUAUUUCUAGUUUGAUAUACACAAACACAAAAAGAUCACGUGCAGUUUGAAACAAAUUCAAAAACCACUUAAACAGUUAAUAAUCUCGAGUCAGGUAAUAAUGCUUCGGUCGAUCGUUUCGUUUGGGGGGUUAACACUUUCUGACUAAAAGGAUUUCUCAAAAAAGUCCGUCGAUUCAAUACUGCAGAUGCUGCGGGCGUCGGAAAUAAUGCGCCCGCUUUUGGGUGACGUGCGGAUAGCGCAGUCUCUGCUGCGGCGGAGAGUGCUGUCUCCGCACAAAGUGCUUACCCUUGUUAAAGCUGGAGGGGAAGUUAGAGAGCCUGGACGUGUCCUUGAAGUUCCUGUCCACUGGUGAAGCGACAAACAUGGGCUCCAAGGUCUCAGUGUACUUGGGACUUUCGAACUGCGGGUGCUCCUUGGACUCUGGCUCGUCCUUAUUGGCCACAACGACUUCUUCGUCUCUUCUGGAAGUCAGGCUGCUCACGUAGGACACUUGGGCAGCAGACGGUGGCAGCAAAUCGUGUGACGCGGACAGGACGGCGUCUGGCACGACGGCCACCUUCUCACCGUAAGGAACUUUAACCCUAGUCUCUACGUUGACGCUGGCAGCCUCUUCUGGCUCCUCCUCCGCGGUUCCCUUCCUGUCAAUCGGGUCUUCAGCGGCGGCGUCAGAUCGUGCCGGCUGCUGGUCGCAGCUGUCAUGGACGUUUAUUUUCCAGCCCAAAUACCGGUGAGUGUAACACUGCAAUAAAAUUAAUGAGAUUUACAGCCAAUUAAGAAAUACCAAUUUAUCCCCAUAAUAAUUCAAUCUUGAUUUUCAUUUAAAAUUGCUUCCUAAUUGAGAUCAAAAAUUAAAUUAUGGCUGACGUAGUGAUUCUAAAAUCAAUUACGUUAUUUAAAUCAACUUGCCUAAAAAGCAAAGGAAAGAUAAAACCAUAAAUUGUAAAACAAAUUUAAAAUUCCCCUCCGCAUCUCUUCCAUCUUUUUAUUUUUUAUACCUGAUAGUAAACAGUAUCAGGCGUGUUGUUGUCGGGCGUCCACUGCAGAAUGCCUGGCUCGCCUUCGUCACACUCCAGCUUGAGUGUUUGUUGGUAAGCUCCAAAAGAGGGGCUGUCGUCCGCCGCGUGGUCAGGGCUGGGCGUCCAGUUGCAAAAGCGACCAGUGCCGGUAGGAGUUGCUCUACCCCUCUUGUCGAAUUUAACGCCAGCGAAAACUUUUAUAGCCUGCCGAAUAGUUUGAUUAUUUAUUUGCUCUUUUAACUCCUUUCUUUAAGGACGAGUACCUUUUUUUCUUCAGAAGUCUUGUGCUCAUAGCCACCGACAGCGUCGUCGGUGAUAUAGAAGGGAUGGUAUCUAGCAGGAAUAUCGAUAUUGUCUCCGCCUUCAACCACAAAUGUGUAGCUCUUUCCUCUAACCACGUUAAUUUCAGGGAUGAGCAGGCCGUUUAUGAACCAGGAGAUUCCCCAACCGACGUGGCCUGUGCAAAAUAAUAAUUUAAUUUAUUCUAGUCUGACCCAAAUCAACUUAACUUUUAUGUUUAUGCUUACUAUGCACCUUGAACUUUGAAUUUAAAGUAGCACAUCUAUAACUACUCAAAGCACGACAAUUAAGGCCAUCAAGGUUUGCAGUGUAUCUUUAAAAUUUUAACUAUUAAUAAUAUGACAAAUUUUACAAGACUUAAAUUAAAACGUUAAUAAUUGCAUCUGUAAAAAUGGUAUUUUAAGGUCGUAAUGGCCGUCUAAUAACUUAUGCAUAAGUACGUAUUUGUAUUCUUUUUUCCAUGCUUCUGUAUUAACUAUCUAAGCGAUUGAAAUUCGAGGUUGGAAUGUUUUUAUUUUUGUCAUAAUUUUCUUGCUCAAAAACGGAGCAUCGAUUUUAAAUAUCCUGGGCUUUCAUUGACUAUGGUAAUUUCAAACAGGUCAUUCACUGAUGACUCUCAUACCUGUAAUUGCUGAAUAUCCUCUUUUCCCGCCAGUGGGUCCCAUUUGAGCGUAGAAGACACCGUCUUCAGGUUCAUAACAGGGAAUAGGGGGAAUAGACCAAGCGUCUUUGGGUACUUCUACGGGCUUAGGAGUAGCAGCUGAAACACUCAUUUCCUUCUCCAGGUCGGUCAGAGCUGAGGAAGGAGUGCUGCCCUCCUCGGGUUUUUGGCAGUUCCAUUCAGGGUAGCGGUUGAAGUUGAGCUUAACGUUGCCUGCAGCAUGGACGUGUUUUGUUUUCUUAACUUAUUGUUAGUAUUAAAGCACAAAACAUACCUUUAGGGUAGAUGGAGUGGAAAGAAACUUCUUUUUUUGAGUUCAGAGGCCCUAUUCCCCAGAUGACCGCUUGCUCCGUUCCGUUGUUAAAGAUAGGUUUGUCAAACUCGUCGGAUCCUUGGAGUGCUCUCUGAUAAGUCACUAUAGUGUAUCCGUUGACCAUGGCUGAGUUCAGCAACCUGACGCUUGCGGUUUCGUCCUGUAGGAUUUUAAACAGUAAAAUAUUGCCUUUUCGCAAGUCGAAUCCAUUACCCUGAGGUUGUUGUCAGGACAACUGCCUCUGCUGCCGGCACAUUGAGAUUUUCCCUCUAGGUAGUAGUCCACUGCGUAGCCUUGAUUGUCCUCAGGGUCAAUCCAAGCCACUACUGCAUCUCCGCCAAUCAUUUUCGUUUUGGAGACGUCUCCAGAUAAACCAAAUGCCAUGUAGUCUCCAGAGUCUGCGGAACGUUGAGAUCCGAUUGAGUCGAAUCUUAUGAAAUUAACAUGCUCACCAAUUUUUCCGACAAGUUGAAUAACUGCGCUCUCUCCGGCGAGGGCCCAGCGCACCUCGAAUUCCGACGAAUCGUGAAGAACUUCGCAAUUCAGCCGCGACUAAAAUACGGUUGAAAAAGGAUUGUAAAUAACUAGACGACAGUUGUACAAAAAACGCCUUUAUUCUAUUCAUCUCUCCUUACGCCUCUGUACUGGAGCCCGCUUAACAAAAAUAAGUUAGGGGAGCAAUAAAUAAAAUGUACGCGCGAAUAUAUAAUAUAUGUAACAAAAUAUUGGAAUCUGAGUUGAUUCAGAAAUCUACGGCUUUCCAAAUUUAAGUUCAGGCUGUGUGGUGCUCAGAAAUGGUAGAACACUUGUUGUUGGGAAUUUUGCUGCUCGGCUGGUUGUGGAGCCACGCUCGUGAGCUGUUGUUGCUGUUCGCCGAUGUAGUAAUCUUGUUGGGGUUGCGUGUAGAAGUGGUAGACCUGCCUCUGGGGUGGCACGUACACUAGCGGCUGAUGAUUGGAAGCCAAUGCGUACGUCGAUGCGGGAGGGUAAUACGAUUGAAGCGGUGGCUUGAAUGUCACUGGCUGGACAUCUUGAGGGAAGAAAUUCGUUGACAAACGCCUUUCAGGUGACGAUGCAGCCACCUGCAGCUCAGGGUAGCUGUAGAAUAUGUCUUCCAGGCUUUUUGGUUUCUGCAAGAAAAGCCAUGUCAGAUUCGGGGCUGCGAUCCCGUCUGUCAGGCAGUCCAUUGCGUCUCGUUCUGUCUUGAAAUUUGUCUUUGUCGGUCGCUUGUCUUUACAGGGACUAGAGUUUGGUUUGGUUCGCAGGAAAGAGAGGCGUAAGGAGAGAAACUUCACCCAUAUUAUGUGAUUGAAUCGUGGAUAUUUGGUUAAAAACAUUCACAUGCCGUACAAACACGAGUCAACCUCGGGUUAAUUGAUGUCGAGUUCAAUUGUAAUUUUAAAAUCGAUGAAGCCAGGACAUGCUAUUCUGAUACCAAAGGUUUUUCAUUGCAUUUGAGCGUACCUGAGGCGAGACGUUGAGCAUCCGCAGGGAGGGUGGCACGAGUGCGUAUGGGGGAACCUUCACGUGGCCAAAGUCGACCGCGAACGCCUCGCACCACACGCCAAAGUGACCUAUUUCGUGAACAGUCAGCGUGCCUGGAAGGGUGAUGACCAAGGUUUUGCUGUCGUAUUUCUUGAGAGGGUCGAAACUGCCGUUUUCGUCGGCCACCUUGAUGCCCUGGGGGGUGGGAGUUUCACCACUUCCGACCCAGAAUUUCGCGUCUAAACAAACAUAAUUUGACAGUUUUACUGAUUUCAUGUCUAAUAGUGGUGUAAAUGAAAAUGCUAAUAAAUGAACAUGUUUAUAAAAUAAAA